AUGUCUCCUCCAUCGUUGCCGUCUCCCCGCGCCGCUCGGCUGCUUCUCUAUGGGAGCUCCUCACUUCCGGGCGAGGAGAUUCUCGGACGAGGGCAGCCGUGGCCCAUCUUUUUUCCCGGUUUGGGGCUCUCGGCUUCGCCCUUUGCCAUCCGCCCUCAGCCCGGAUGUCGCGCCUUUCCAAGGGACGCUGUGAAGCGUGUCCUGGAAGAGCAGCGCAUGCGUAAGCUGGGCGAUUCUCUGGAGAGUGACUCCCCCUCUCCCUCUACUCCGUCCCCUCUUCGGCGAGUCGAGAGCCCUCGCCGUAGCAUCUUGAAGGUGCACCAGGCAGAUGAAGCCAAGAGGACGAAUGUCCGUCAUGUUACCUUCGGGGACACGACGGUUCAUGAAGUCUCACGGUGGAUGAACCUGGAAGACCUUCCCUCUCUUCCUUGCCCUCCCCCUCCUCGCUCCCCUCCUCGCUCCCCUGCACGUCCUCCCCCUAUGCGUGUUCGUCCUGUUUUACCCCCUGUUUUCCCUCCUCCUGUACAUGCGCGUUUCCCCGUACCCGGACGUGCUACUCAGAAGAGAGAGCAGGAACUGGCCUCGGCAGCAGCCCAGCAGGAAAGCACACAACGAAUCCUCGGUGAGGAAGCCUGUACAACCUUUUCUCUUGGAAAGGUUCUUGGCCUGUAUGCGCUGGGAGCCAUUGCCACUACUGCGAUCGCUUACUGGUGGUCCUGA